UCUGCGGGCCACGGGCUCCUGGACUUGUUGGGGGUCCCGGUGCUGGUGGCGGUGGUCUGCUGUGCGCAGAGCGUGAACGACCCCGGGAACAUGUCCUUCGUCAAGGACACGGUGGACAAGCUUUUGGAGGGAUACGACAUCCGCCUGAGACCCGACUUCGGAGGUCCCCCCGUCUGUGUGGGCAUGAGCAUCGACAUCGCCAGCAUCGACAUGGUCUCUGAGGUCAACAUGGACUACACGUUGACGAUGUAUUUUCAGCAGUACUGGCGAGAUAAGAGGCUGGCCUAUGCUGGGAUUCCCCUCAACCUCACGCUUGACAAUCGAGUGGCGGAUCAACUCUGGGUGCCCGACACCUACUUCUUAAACGACAAGAAGUCAUUUGUGCAUGGAGUGACCGUGAAGAACAGCAUGAUCCGCCUCCACCCUGACGGAACCGUGCUGUAUGGACUCAGAAUCACCACCACAGCGGCGUGCAUGAUGGAUCUGCGAAGGUACCCGUUGGACGAACAGAACUGCACUCUGGAAAUUGAAAGCUAUGGCUACACCACAGAUGACAUCGAAUUUUAUUGGCGAGGAGGGGACAGUGCAGUCACGGGUGUUGAACGGAUCGAGCUCCCCCAGUUCUCCAUCGUGGAGUACAGAUUGGUGUCAAAGAAUGUCGUCUUUGCCACAGGUGCCUACCCUCGACUCUCCCUGAGCUUUAAACUGAAGAGAAACAUUGGCUACUUCAUCCUUCAGACCUACAUGCCCUCCAUCCUGAUCACUAUUUUGUCCUGGGUGUCCUUCUGGAUCAAUUACGAUGCCUCUGCGGCAAGAGUGGCCCUUGGAAUUACCACUGUGCUUACCAUGACCACAAUCAACACUCACCUCCGAGAGACUUUGCCCAAAAUCCCCUACGUUAAAGCCAUUGACAUGUACCUGAUGGGCUGCUUUGUGUUUGUCUUUUUGGCUCUGCUCGAGUAUGCCUUUGUCAACUACAUUUUCUUUGGAAGAGGCCCUCAGAGGCAGAAGAAACUCGCAGAGAAGACAGCAAAGGCAAACAACGACCGCUCAAGAAGAGAAAGUAGCCGGGUGGAUUCUCGAGGCAACAUUUUGUUGACAUCCCUGGAAAUUCACAAUGAGGUGAUAAGCAACGAAAUGCCAGCGGGCACCGGGGAAGCCGGAAAUUUUUCCGUGUCCUUCGACAACUCAGGAAUCCAGCACAGGAAGCAGAGCCUGCCCCGGGAGGGCGUAGGGCGCCGGACGGGGGACAGAAAUUUCCGGCACAAGAAGACCCGUUUACGGAGGAGGUCGUCCCAACUCCAAAUCAAAAUCCCUGAUUUGACGGACGUGAACUCCAUCGACCGGUGGUCAAGGGUUGUGUUUCCAUUCACCUUUUCUCUUUUCAACCUAAUUUACUGGCUUUACUAUGUUAACUGAGGGAUGGAACAUGGUAUUUCAGAGACUUCAAUUAACCCAGUGUAAACUAUCACUCUACUGGUCGAAUUUUUAUACCUAUAUGUAUAUAUAGAUAUACAUAUGUAUUCACAAACACACACACACACACAUACAUAUAUAUAUUUAGCCCUAUAGACAUGUGAACUGUCUCUAAUCAAAACAUGUUUAUAUGAGGACAUAUGUGUAUAUGGUUAUAUACAUAGGUAUAUGGGCCCAUGUGUAGGGAACAAAAAGCGCACGUACAUAUGUAGCUUUUGCGGCUAAAUGAUUUGACCCAGAACACAUAUCAAAGGUGUCUUUUGAUUUUUUAAUUGAAAUAAUUUGAUAUCCACAAAAUAUGUUGCCUUUGAGAAGGAGGGAGGGUUGUGUGAUAUCACCCCAAAGUUUGCUUUGACUGCUAAUGGAUGACAUGUCUUUAGAUCAGGAUUCAAAGCAAUCUCACAUUUUAUUCCCACCGAUGCAUUCUGUGGGAUUAUUCAUUUGAAGCAGAUCAUUUAGCUUAUGGCCUUUGAUUUUAAUGAAUGCUUUUAUGAGGGCCCAUUUUCGAAUGGUCAGGUCUUGUUUUUUUCUCGUAUGUGUACAUCUUUUAUAGCGGUCAUUUCUUUGGAUUAAAUGCAUUCACAGGAAGAAUGGACUUCCACUGUAGAUUUGUUGAAAUUUAUAGGUUCCAAAAUCCUUCUUUUAAAAGCCAACAGGAUAGAAUGGAGUCCUAUUAUAUGAAGGGCAGUUUUUGGUUCACUUAGACUGAUUCCAGUCUACCUGUGACAUAAAAAGCUUAUACCGUUUGGCUGAGACAGUAAACCUGGACAAUGUGUUCUGCCGAUUUUAAGAUGGACAUCUCAAUGAAAGCCUGGAAAUCUCAGGUUAUUUGUUAUUCUAACCCCAAAUCAUCUAUAUUCCAUUCAUUCUAAUUCUUGUUAUCCAACAGUCUUAUACCCACUGUAUUUUAACAGAAAUAAUAUUUGCUUAACUUGCACAUACACGCAGAUUUUAUCAAAAUUGUCUUCUGCUUGCUAGCACAGCAGUGGGCAAAUGUCAUUCUUCUUCCUUCCGUGAUGCGGCAAACCCGUAUGAACGAAAACAAAGGCUUUCAGCAAGAAACGCUUCUAUUGCUGAAAUUCAGAGACCAAGACGCAUCCUCAUGGCCUUCAUUUCCAUAUCCACCAUAUGCCGUGAGCACGUUAAAUAUCCUUCUAUUCCCACGAGGGUUCUGAGGCUCUCGGCACCUGAUUGUGUGAAGUACCUGUGACUCUUCUCCCAAGAGAAAUACCAAAGCCUGGUCACUUUGGGUUUCUUCGUCAUCCAUAUUCUUAUUCGAUUUUCCGCUUUGUAAAAGUGAUUAGCAGUGAGUUGAGGUUCACCGAUUUUCAGAGACAAACAAUUUCCUAUUUAGAAAACUAGAUCUUUCUAAAGAAAACAGAGGAUAUAUUUUUGGUAAACAGAAUUUCUAGCACAGCCAUCCAUAGGCAGAAAUGAUCAUAAAACAGAUGUUAACUUGGAGGAGGGGAGACAAGAAUGUGCUGGGAAAAUGGCAAAUCUGGGCAGACCAGGGUCAACAACUCAAUAGUAAUUAUUGAGUGAGCACCUACCUGUGCUGCAAUCUGUGCAAUUUAUUUUAGUAUAGUGCUCAGUUUAGGCUGUAGAGUGCUGUGCUAAGCACUUGGCAGAGUUCAAAAGAGAUAGAAGACAGAAUCUCUCCCUGUAAGGAUCUUAUCAUUUAACGAGAGGGCAGGCACUAAAUUAUUUUGCAGUGAAGUGGAAAAUAAUAGAAUGGACCAAUGGAAAAGUGACUAAGUGCUUAAAUUUAGAGUGAGUAAAUUGAUAUUUGCGCAAAUAUUUUGGGUGACUAUGAGUACAGACAUGCCGAGGUGGCAGCUGGGAGAUAAGAAAUCGAUCCAUUGUAUUGAGCGAGUGCUCACUAUGUGCAGAGCACUGUACUAAGCGCUUGGGAGAGUACAACAGAACCGAGUUAGUCCACACUUUCCCUGCCCAAAGAGCUUAAAUCAAGGAAUCCCUUCUGGAUGAGAUUGGAUUUCAGUUAGGGAAGAGUUCUGGUCUGGCAUAUGUGAAGGGGGAGAGAGUUCCAGGUAGUCGGGGAAAGGCCGGAGGCGGGAGAGGUGAGAGCGAAGAUCAGUGAAAAGGCUCACUUGGUAACAACACAGAACAUGGGUGGGAGAAUAACAGGUGAAGACGGCAGAGGAGGAAGAAGGAGACACCUAGUGAAAAGCAGUGAAGUCGAUGGCCAGGUGUCCUUGCUUGAUGGUGAAGGAAAAGAUUCUCCACAGAAGUUUUUGGGAAAGGGAGAAGGGUGACCAAAAGAAUGUUGGAGGGUAUUGAACUGGGCUUCAGAAUUCAGUACAUACUCAAAAGAGGAGAAGUUUGAGAAAGGGAAACCAGCAUGAAGGCAGAUACAGAAGCCUAAUCAACAGGUGAUGAAAGUCUGCACCGCGGUGAUGGCCCCUGGGAUGAAAAGAAAGAGCUGGAUCUGAAAAACAUGGUGUGAAAACAGCUGGCGGAGCUUAGCUACACACUGACGUGAAGAGCGAGCAAGCAGUCUCCUUGGCUGCCAUUUGCUCUAGGGAAUCUUUUCUGUCCGGACACCAUCGUUCGAUCUAGCACCGUGGUGACAGCUAAAAGGUUCUCCAAGAUUUCUCACUCUGAGCAUUUGCACCGCAGCUGGGGAUGGAGAGAGCCUCAUAUGAGGAUGACUGAUAACAACUCCCUUCAGGGCCAGCACGACAUCCCCCUUGAGCUGGUUGAUCAUUUUUUCUCACUCCCAUCCAUGGGUUCAUUCAUUCAUUCAAUAGUAUUUAUCGAGUGCUUACUAUGUGCAGAGCACUGUACUAAGCGCUUGGAAUGUACAAUUCGGCAACAGAUAGAAACAAUCCCUGCCCAAUGUCGGGCUUAUUGAGAUCUGCUAUGUCUUGAAACUUUUAUUCCCAAAACUCCUUGGUCGUGGACCAUGUCUUUCACAUCUGCUUUAUGGCCCCAGAUGGUUAGUACAGUGCCCUACGAAUAAUAAUAAUGACUGUGGUAUUUGUUAAGCAUUUUCUACAUGCCAAGCACUAUGCUAAACCUUGGUAUGGAUACAGUGCAUUCAGAUCAGACACAGUCCCUACACAUACUAGGCAAAGAUGAAUAUUUGACUGAUUGGAAGCAGUUUUGCCUGUCUUCUAAACCCCCUUUUUAUAUCAUUCUUUCAUUUCCAUCCGCUUGGUUUGCAAAUAGCUGCAACUCCCUCAUGCUUCUUUGACCCUCUUCUGGACAGAUAAGAGUGAGUUCGUAGUCUCAACGUCAAUUAGCAAACACUAUGGGAGGGCCAGAGAGACUUGGGGUUUUCCAGAAACGCAAACCUCGGUUGAUUUCCAUCUCUUUCUACAUCCCAGGAUCCAUGGUGCCCUCGUCAGAACUUGUUCAAGUGGAAACAAGCAGCUCCCUGACUUUAUUGGGGGAGUGACCUGCUUGCAGAGGGAGC